AUGUCAAAUAUACGAAGCGAAAUUCGCGAAGCGGUACGAGAAGAGGUGACACGUUUGCUUGCAAGCACAGCAUCAACUUCAUCGAGUCCUUCAGUUGGGACUUGUGAAUCGAGGCGUGAAACUACUAGAGAUAGCGAGAGAUCCAGUGGCGCCAGCAGUUCGAGAUCUAGUAAUCCUCGAGUUCGACAUAAUGAUCCUAGCACCUCCAGCAGCUUGUCUAGCAGCACUAUAUCAUUCCAGGAGUUUUACAAAUUACGCGAGAGCCAACGUCAACAAGGCUGUAAGCCUCCAAAGGCAAAAAAGAAAAAGAAAGACUCUUCAUCAACAAGUAGUGAGAAAAAAACAACUAAUGUCGAUAUAAAAGUUGGUCUUGCUAGCCAAACCGACGGAGCAAUUAAAACUCGUCGUGGUAAGACGCACGUCAUAACCGUAACUGCAACAGCAACGAAAGAACAGAUCGUUGAAAAGGCUGUGGAGAAGCAUUCCAGCUUCGAUCAGUCGUUUGAUGACACGGUAGCUUACGUCUUAUUAUAUCCUGACUAUCGAGAAGUUCGCUGUGUUCCAGGGACAACGCAGCCUUUUGUAUUGGCAAAUUACAAACAGGCAAUUGGCAAAGAUUAUAACCGGCUUACAUUUUACCUCCUCCCACUAGACGAUGUAGACAAUUCUGAUGAUAGCGAUAAAGAGUUACCGAAAACUACUCCUGCACCUAGUGAUAUUCGUAAUUAUGGUACCCUCGAUUUUCGCACCAUUCGUCAUAUAGUGAUACUGAGGAAGAAACAAAUUUACCCAACAAAAUUAUCAACCAAGUUCAAGACAACCAUCCUAUUAUUAAUGUUGAUGAUCAAGACAAUGCUUCUACUUCACAAGCAUUUAUAUCAGGUGGGUUUAUACAGUGUCAUAGCAAAAUGCAAUCCUUCCACCCCCACAUGUGGUGAAUGGUUAAUAGGAUCAUUGUCUAUGGAGUGUUCUUUAUUUUAUACAGUUGGGGGGAUUUCAUGUUGCUUCCCUCCCCAAAUCUAUAUAGAGAUGAGUCGAUCACUGAAAUAGCUGAUUAGCCGAUCCGAUUAGAUUAAUCGGUGGCCGAUCAAGAUGUAUAAUUAGCUAAUUAAUCGGUCUAGCCGAUUAAUUUCAAACCCCAUUCCCUAUAUCUUACUGCAGGUUCAGGUUUAAUAAGUGUUUAAUUUCAAUAUUUAUCAUGUGUUUCUAGGCAGCUUAAUUGACCUUGCUACAGUUUCGUUUGUACAAUAACAACCUAAUUACUACUCUAUUAUGCAACUGUUGAAAUGAACUCCAUAAAUAUUCACAUUAAACACUCAACCUGAAUCCGCAGUAAACCACUUGCAUGUACUGUAUAUUAAUAUACAGUAUAUCUUCUUUUCUGAUUCAGUGCGUGGUGUUGAGUGCCCAACAUGUUUCAUCAAGUAUCCUGUUGAUGAAAUUUUGGAGCAUGCUGAUAUCUGCGCCUCUCAUAUUUUCGAUUUUGGAAGUUCAAAUAUUAGCGGACAAGACGAUUCGCAAUUGGAACAAAUUGCAACCGAUUGUUGGAAUGACGAUGACAUUGACCAGCCCACCUUUCAGUCUUUAAUUUACAAGGCCAAAGAAAAUAUGGAAACAGACCAACCAAUAAGAAUAAAUGUUAGAAGGAAAACGAUGUGGGACGACUUUACUAAAGAAAGAGCAAGACGGUUUAAGCCCGAACAAAUGCUGAAAGUUGUGUUUGUUGGAGAACCAGCAAUUGAUGACGGUGGCCCCCGUAGAGAGUUUUUAUCAGGUAUUUCAAUAUCUGAGUUUUCAAAAAAAAUAAAAUUGGAAUCUGUGUUUUUGCAGCAUGUGAUCUCUCAGAGUGCUCUAAGGCACACAGCACACACAGACUGCCACAUAAUAUUAUGUAGUGUAAUUUUGAUCUGUGAAUCCACAACCACCACCCACAUGUGCCCCAUUUUCUCCAGGUUGUCGGUUCCUAUGGCAAGAGAAUUAAUAAUUUAUUUAUAAGAAAACAUCCAACUCUCACAAAACACUGGGAGCUGCUGUAGCAUAUCAGACCCAAGCUUGACAUGAACAGACAACCUUUUUUGAAUUAGCUGUAUAUUAACCCUGUGUCCUAAACUUUAUUCUUGUCUUGUGUGGCGCUUUUUUUAAAAUAAAAUUUAAUCCGAUGUAUUUAAGUUUCGAGUUACAGAGGGGGUAGGAGAAUUUGCGGGGGUGAAAAAAGUAGGGGUUGUGCAUCCCCCAGUAAAUCUGUCUAAUGCAUCACAUACCUAAACUGUCCAUUGAUGGUAACUAACUUAGUAACUUCUCCCAUUAUUUUCAACCCACAGUAUAUAAAACAUUUCCCACCUAUUUCAUUCCUCAGCCAAUAGAAGAUAAUUUGUUACAUUUCAACUCAUUACAUUUACAACAUGGUAUCUAUUGUUAAUUACCUGUAAUGUGUGUUCAGGUUUUUUAUCCACUUCUGUUUUCGUUAAAGGACAUGUUUAUUUUCGUUUGUUAUUUAGAUAUGUUGGAACUUGCAGAGCGGAGGUUAUUUUUGAAUGGAUGGCCAGUGAAGUCCGUGAUUGCUCUUUUUUCCCAGCAAUUCCGAAUUGCUGGUGAAUUAAUGGUAAUGUCAAUUCUACAAGGAGGCCCUGCACCAAACUUCUUAGAUUCAGAAGUGUAUGCAUAUAUCAGUAGAACAACUUUGGACCCAGAUAAAAAUACUGGCAUUGUGAACAAGAAUAUUGCAAAAAAUGUAAGUUUUUCAUUUGUUGAUUACUGUACAGUUAGGAAUUACAGAAAUAGAAAGCAAACUAAAGCAUGUAUUAUUGUCCAUAAAAAUGUAGGGAUCUGUUAUCUUUUAUCAAAAUGAUGAUAUGUCAGCUGAUAAAGAUGUACAGUGUACAGUAAUCUUCUCUAGUACUUAAACUAUUGACAUAAUUAACCCAUUAGCUGGCAAUACACCCAAUGUGCCCCACUUUAUGGUCUACAAUGUCGAAAUCAGUGGUAGAGUACUGCCAGUAAAUAUAUACUGUAAGUAUAUAUAAGAUACUGCUGCCGGUAAUAUACUCAAAACAUUCUGUUCCGGUUUGCUCCAGGGUCAGUGGGUCACUAGUAAUUUGUGCAAAUUGUACAAGUUAAUGUUUGUAUUUUUAAGUAAUACUAUCAUUACUGGAGACUUAUAUUUCGUUUUAAAAAAAAAGUAUAUUUAUUGUUAUUAAGCUUGCAAAUGCCAAAACUGAUGAAGAGGUCCAGUCCAUUUUAACACAAGAUGAUACUCUUGAUGUGCUCGACAGCAUAGGCUGCAGAGGAAUUCCGCAGAGAGAGACGACAACAUCGGUGAUUAAUGUUAUCAGGUUAUUCUUGAUUAUUAUUUUUUCUAUUCUGCUCUUCUUUUGCAUUGUAUGUAUUCUAUAUAAAAUCAAUGUCAAUACUUGCCUGUGUGGCAAAUAUUUUCAGUAAAACUACCACAUACUGUAUGUACAUGCAGAAAACUACAUCUGCAGGGUGUGACGUCAUUACACAAUAUCGAGAAUGAUCUGUGGGCCAAUCAAAAGCAAUAUUGUAUAUUAUGUAAUGUGUAAUAAUAAACAUAGGUGGAUUUUGCACCCCCCCACACACACACACCAGAAAAUUCGCCCAUGAUAAUAAACAAUUAUUGAAUGUGGUUGAACAUGAUAUGAAGAAUUCGCCUUUUCCCAAUAGAGCAGAGUACUGGGUCUAGUUGUACACCGCAAAGCAUCUCUGAGGGAUUGUUUGGAGGGACAAACGACCAGACUUGUACUCCAUAAUCACAAAAUAAUCCAUAGGUGAUACCCAAAUAAUCCAUAGGUGCUUUGCGGUUCACGACUAGACCCAGUACUCUGCUCUAUUGGGAAAAUGCUAAUUAUCAAGCCGAUGUUUCGUGUUAAUAAUAAUUAAGAUACAAUUAUUGGACAAGAUUGGCCAAUUAAAAGUAGACCAGGAUUUGUCAGACCAAUUAUUUACAUAUGACGUUGUUAAAGACAAAUUGUAACAUUUUGGGAUAACCAUGUUUACUAAUAAUAUUUGUUUUAUUAUAAUUCACUAUUCAGUUAUAUUGCAGAAGUUCAAACUGACAUGGAUUUUAUGCAAUUUUUGUGGCAUAAUUCUGAAUAUCCUCCUUGAGCAGCCAAUCAUUAGCACUACCGGUAUGUAACAAUUUUAUUUUCUGCAUUUAAAUUGUAGAUCAAUAUGCAUACAAGAUCAGUUUUCAGCACUUUUUCCGCAGUUGAUGCAACUGGAAGAAGGGUUGUCUGUUUGUAAUGUGUUGCAGUCAAUCCAGAAAUUCCCAAGUGUUUGGAAAGUGUUAUUCCAACCAAGCCAGGAAUUUCAGAUGAAUAGUGAGAAGUUCCUAGAUGAAGCUGUUGUGGAAUACAUCACUUCACAGGUGCUACGGGAGAAAGAGAUUACAACGUACAAGUUCUUUUCCGAUAUGGUACUACUUUUAGAUGAUGGGGAGUGUUACGGGUUUCGUGUUGUUUUUUUCUUGCUGCAUUGCUUGACCGCAAUUGUCCCAGUAUAAUUCUAUUUUACCUCUUCACAAUGUAAUCAUAAAGUCUCAUAUCAUCAUCAAAUCAUAAAUAUCAUAAAUCAAAUCAUAGAUCUACAUUCUCAUCUAAUAAUUUUAAUUAUUCAGACUAAGGUGAAGUUUAUUUGCCAAAGCGAAGUUGUGGUGGAUAACAUUAACUGAAUUAUUCUUGAAUUUGAUUUCAUUUGAGAUUUGCCUCAUCACACUCAUGAUUCAUUCCGGAUAUGUUCUCAUAAAAUCAUUGCGAUAAAAUUAUACCCCUACCUUACCCUUACCCUACCCUACCUUACCCUACUUCACCCCACCCUACCCCACCAACAUCUCACCAUAUGUUCAAGAUUUUCAGGGUAUCUAGUGGUUUACUGUAUUCAAUAUAUAUUUUUAUUGUAUUCAAUAUGUUUUAUUGUGUUUGGUCGGUUUGCAGCACGAUCUCGAUUUCGGCUUUGCAUCAGUUUGGCAAAUCAUACACGCACUCCCCUAAGUAUAUAUUAAAACAAUUCAAACAUGUCACACAAUGGCUCCAAAGUGGGCAGUGAGCACCCACAGCGUAUCAGGAUCCAAAUACCGCACCCACUUUUUCGGUCCAAUUUACUACCAAAUUACAAACAACAAAUGUAUUAAUGUAAUAGAAAAGCGUUUUGAUGAAUUUGACAAAAAAGCUGAAUAGAGUAAAUACACUUUUUAAGAGUGGUUCUAAACAAGUUGAUUUAAUUUAGGCACUGACGUCAUUGAACAUUGUUACAUAGUCGGCUCGAUGCCACCAUGAUACCAUCUCUCAAUCUGAUUAGAGUUGAUUAAACUUUGAUUUCAUUUUUCAAGGAAUUGAUGUUAUCUUUCAUCAAAUGGAUGACAGGAUCUAAAACUAUACCUCCUCUUGGAUUUCCCAAAACGUUUUCAGUGCAAUUUGUCCAUGGUUGUGCUGAAGCAUGCCGCUGUCGACCCACUGUUUCAACAUGUGAUAUAACCUUAAAAAUACCAGUUCACCUGACAACAGAAGAAGACAUGCGUGAAAUAUUUAUAUCAGCAAUCAAAGAUUGUGCUAGCUUUGGAAACAUUUAA